AUGUCGGCCAGCAAGAAGUGGAGCCUCGCCGACUUCAAGAUCCUCGUGACCGGCGGCUCCAAGGGCCUCGGCCGCGCGAUUGUCGAAGAGUGCCUUUCCCUGGGCGCGAGCGUGCUCUUCACGGCGCGCGGUCGUGAGGAGCUCGACAGGGUUCAGGCAACUCUCGCUGCUGUGUAUGGAGCGGAGCGCGUGCAGACCAUGGCGGCCGACGUGAGCACGGCGGACGGGCGCGCGGCGCUGGUGGCGCGUGUGGCCGAGCUUUGGGGCACACUCGAUGUCCUUGUCAACAACGUCGGCACAAACGACCGCAUGCCGGCCGCUGACGUGACCUUCAAUGGGUUUGAGAGGAUGAUCGCGACCAACCAGACGUCGGCCUUUUUCAUGUGCACGCUGUGCUUGCCGCUGCUGCGUAAAUCGUCCCACGCGAGCGUGAUCAACAUCACCAGCCUUGCGGGCGUGCGCUCGAGCGGCACGGGCGUGGUGUACGCCAUGACAAAGGCGGCGAUGGGCCACAUGAGCGAGGCGCUCGCGUGCGAGUGGGCCGGCUACGGCAUCCGCGUCAACGCCGUCGCGCCGUGGAUGGCAAGGACGCCGCUGCUGGAGGCUGCUGUCCAAAAGGACCCAGCGGCGCUGGACGCGGUGUGCGAGGCGACGCCGCUCGGCCGCCUCGGCGACCCCGCCGACACGGCGGGCGCCGUCGCCUUCCUCUGCAUGCCUGCCUCCGCGUACAUCACCGGCCAAGUCCUCUGCGUUGACGGCGGGCUGGCUGCCCAAGGGUUCCGUGGGCCGUGCGUGGUGCCGCAUGCGCAGGGAAGCUAA